UCAGGUAAUAGACGUAGCCAGCUUAAGCCCGCGACACACGACAACGUCCCGCACCGUUGUCAUAUGACCUGUUCAAAUGGUUGGAAAUGUAAUUCACGGUGUUAGCCAGGGUCACAACACGGAGUGAAUUACCGCGGAGACGCACUUUAUCGAGUUGGUUGCGUUAUGAGUGUCUGAGUUGUGCUGAACCAGAAGUUGUUAACAACAGUGUGAUUGACAUUAACAGAGUUAAAUAUUUUAGCUGGCCUUGGAAUAAUUGGAAUGGAUCCGUUCAGAUUAUAAACGUGUCCGUCGUCUUUGGAGUACAGGUUGUGAUAGCGAUAGUGAGAGAGGCAGAUUGGAGUAUAGGUCUCGCUUUUUAUUAUUUAUUUACUUUUUAAUGAAUAUUUAUUUAAUUAAUCUAUGUAUUGAAACUCUGAAUUUCUUGCAGGAAGUGGAUAAAGAACAUUUAACACAGCAGGUCUUUCUUUACCUUUUUAAUCAACAAAGUAAUUGGCUGUUUCACGUCUUGUAGUACUAGUUUUUAUAUACCAUUGAAUGUUAGUUAAGCCAGGCAUUCAGGAAAUAUAAAACAUAAACAAAAGACUUUAGAUAUUGUCAAAUGAGAUGCACAGACACAUUAAGCAGGUAUAAUUCUAGUGUAUAUACAGACAGGAGUUUGCUGGAUCUAUAUUUGAUGAAUUUAAAGUUUUAUGCGCUGAAAUCUAAUGUGGUUUUCUGAUGUCUUACAGGUUCCAAUUAUCAGCAGGACAGCUAAAUUAAAUACAAUUCAAGAUUCUCCAUCCAAAGGCUCUGUAGUUGUGUGUAUGUGGCAGUGUAAACUGUGCUUAGUGGCAGUUGCAGGAAGAUUGGCAUUAUUGAACCACUACAAAUUGAAGCAUCCACACCUUGGGCGUACCAGCCGUUAUCCAUGUACGUUUUUAGAGUGCCCUUGCACAUUUAAAACAUGGAAUGCAUUACAUAUUCAUCACUCUCGGGAUCAUUCCACAAAUUAUAAAGCAGUAAAGGCACUAUCUGUAUUUAAGUGUCACAUUUGCUCGUGUAAGAAUUUGGGGAAUGAAAGAGAGUACUUUGCUCACAUAAAUGCUCAUUUAAAGAAGAAUGAAAAAGUGACUUGCAUGUUUGAUGGUUGUGAUUUUCAUACAAGUGUUUAUGGAACCUUUAGGUCACACAAAAGUCGUAGACACGCAUCUCAUUCUUUGACUGAUUUUAAACCCGGUAUUGUGACAACAAAUGCACCUCUGCCUUUUGAACUUUUACCCACUGAUGGCCAGGAAGAUGAGUGUGUGGAGAGCGACACUGUAGAGUCAGCUAAUCCCGAGGUCCUCUCAAGUGCAAUUGAGAAGCAACUUGCAGCAGCCUUACUCAAGUUGGAGUAUCUUGUUCAUGUGCCAGGUACGGCUGUAGAUGAUUUUUUAUAUGAGCUUAAUUAUUUAAGUUCAGCAUCUGUGCCACUUUCAAAAGCUAUAGUUGCUGAUAUCUUAAAGCGACUUAACUUUCAGGUUGAGGACUCGGUAGUUGCUAAUAUCAUUUCUGCAGUGUAUACAACCAAUCCAAUAUCAAAGGCUAUUGAAAAGGGAGGGCCACUUUCCAGUUCAUAUCAGCGUAAAAAAUACUACAGGGAUUGCUUCAGUGUUGUGGAACCUGUGACUUUUAUCCUUGAUGGUAAAAAGCGCAGAACCUUUCAAUAUGUCCCAAUUUUAAAGUCACUGCAGCAGGUCUUAAGUAGAAAAGGUAUUCUUGACAAACUCAUAGAAAAUCAUAAAGGAACAACAAGCCUUGAAAGAGACCCAUCUUAUGAAUACAGGUCAUUUAAAGACGGUAAUCAUUUUCAACAAAACAAGUUUUUGAAUAAUGAUGAGUUAAGAAUAUCAGUAUGUCUGUAUGUUGAUGAUUUUGAAACUUGUAAUCCCCUAGGCACCUCUAGAAAAAAGCACAAGCUUUGUGCUGUUUAUUGGUUGCUCUCGAACCUACCUCCAGGCUGUCAUUCCUCUUUAUCCUCCAUUUAUCUUGCUGUGCUUUGUAAGAGUGAUGAUGUCAAAAACUACAGUUUUGAUAAUGUUUUGGAACCUCUCUUAACAGACCUAAAAACCUUGGAGGACCAUGGUGUGUAUGUUCCGCUGUUAGGUACGUCUUUAAAAGGUACAGUGCAUAGUGUUGUUGCUGAUAAUUUAGGAGCACACAGUAUUGCUGGCUUCAUUGAGAGUUUUUCUGGAGAUUACUUCUGUCGUUUUUGCACAGCGAGAAGUUGUGAAAUCAGUUCUCAUUGUGUUGCAUCUGGUGUUUUUAAUUUGAGGACAAAAGAAGAACAUGCAGAACAUGUGCAAAUAGCUGUUGAGAACGUCACACAUCACUUGGCUGUAAAACGAGAGUGUGCUCUCACCAAGAACCUGUCACACUUUAAUGUUGUGACUGGAUAUCCCCCUGAUAUUGCUCAUGACAUAUUUGAGGGAAUUGUGCCAUUUGAAUUGGCGUACUGCCUGAAUUUUUUGAUAGCAAAGAAAUUUUUUACAUUAGAUGAGCUAAACAAAGCUAUAUUGUCAUUCCCAUACAAAUGGUCUGACAAGACCAACAAGCCUCAUGCUGUCCCUAAGAGUUUGUCCAGUCGGAAGUCCAUUGGAGGCAACGCCCAUGAAAAUUGGAGCUUGCUUAGGUUCCUCCCAUUUUUAAUUGGGUCUUGUGUUCCACAAAAUGAGCCAGCAUGGGUUGUGUUGCUGGAUUUGAAAGACAUUACUGAACUGGUUGUGGCCCCGGUGCAUACUGAUGAGUCCAUCUCAUACCUUGAAAGUAAGAUAGUUGAACACAGACAGAGGUUCCAAGAGCUGUUUCCUACUGUGAGACUUCUGCCAAAGCACCACUUCCUUGAGCACUAUCCUCGGUUGAUUCGUUGUUUUGGCCCUUUAUUGUCUGUCUGGACAAUGCGCUUUGAAGCCAAACAUAAAUAUUUUAAGCAGAUAGUGAAACAUACUAGUUGCUUCAAAAACUUACCUUUGACUUUGGCAUCAAAGCAUCAGUUUAUGAUUGCUUUCCACAUCAGUUCACCAUCUUAUGGUAAACCUUGCCUUGAUGUACCAUGUGUGUCCACAGUUCCAGUUGAUUUAUUGAAAGAUGAGGUGGCUCGGGCUAUUCAUUUAAAAUAUCCCAACACUGAUGAAGUAAAUCUUGCAAAAAAUGCAACAUAUUGGGGUAUUGCCUACAGCAAGGGCAUGAUAGUAGCACAUGGAUCGGCAUGUGGAUUACCAGAGUUUGCUGAAAUUAUCCAGAUGUGCAUCAUCGAUGGGAACUUGUUUGUUAUAGUGAGAGUGCUGUGUGCUUGGUAUAUUGAACACUACAGAGCCUUUGAGCUAAGGUUGUCUCCUGCAAGAGAAGUCAAGCUAUUAGCACUAAGUGAACUGACUGAUGCCUAUCCAUUAGCUGCCUACAUGGUUGGAUCCAGCCGAAUGGUAACUUUAAAAAGGCACAUCCACAUUAAAGAUUGAAACCUGUGGUCAUGGCGGCUCUUUUGAAAGUCAUCCUUGGAGACAACAACAGUCAACGCUUGACUUUCCCAGAUGGACUUCCAACAUCUGUCAGUGAACUUGUUGAUAUUGUGCAGAGACAGUGUGCUAUUCAGACAAACUUCAGGCUUCAGUUCAUGGAUCCCCUAUUUAACAAUGAGUUCAUGAACCUCACUUCAAUGGAUGAAGUGACAGAUCGUGGAACAAUCAGAGUAAUCUAUAUGACAGGCAUCUUAACCCCGCAGCGCGUAGAGGUCCAGAUUUCUUCAGGAAGUGCUUGUAACUAUAGUUUUCUGGAAGAAAGCUCAUCAGUGUCUAGUGGUGGUGUAGAUACUGACAUUCUGUCUUCACCGGAAUCAGACGCAUCCACCUCUUCAACCUCCAGGACAUUUUGGCCUAGCACUUUCAGUGUUCCACAGUUUGGCUUUGAUGCAGAGUUAAAACUUGAAAGAGGCAAUGCAGCAUUC